AUGUCGGACGUCUCGUUCAGUCGCGCCGAUGAGGUGCAGAAUCUCCUGAAAGCCGUCGAAGAUCUUCUUAUUCCUUUUAUCCGGUCCGCAGACGAGCGCCUGGCACCAGCAUAUACGAACGGUGCCAAUGGGGGUUCGGAGCCACAAGGGACAUCGCUAGUGGACUUUAAGAAGCCAGAAGAACUGCGAGACAUUUUGCAGCUGGAUAUUCCCAAGCAGGGCCGCAAGCAAGAAGGCUUGAUUGAGGUGCUUCAGAAGGUGUUGCGGUACUCGGUCAACACCUGGCACCAGGGUUUCCUUGAUAAACUCUAUGCAUCGACUAAUGCCCCUGGAGUGGCUGCGGAGCUGAUUCUCGCCACUCUCAAUACCAAUGUCCACGUUUACCAGGUGUCGCCAGCGCUCACGGUCAUUGAGAAAUAUACUGGUCAACGAUUGGCGAACCUAUUUGGCUUGGACGGCCCUCAGGCCGGGGGAAUAUCUGUGCAAGGUGGCUCUGCUUCAAAUACUACGUCAAUCGUUAUUGCUCGCAACAACCUCUAUCCCAGCACGAAGACGGACGGAAAUGGUGGAUACAAUUUCGUGCUGUUCACAAGCGCCCAUGGACAUUAUAGCGUGGAGAAGGCGGCACAAAUGCUUGGAUUUGGUAGCAGUGCUGUCUGGCCCGUGCCAAUUGAUAAGCAGGGCAGAAUGAUUCCCUCGGAGCUGGAGAAGCUUGUACAGAAAGCUCAGGCCGAGGGUCGAACUCCCUUCUAUGUCAAUGCCACGGCCGGUACUACAGUGAUGGGAUCGUUCGACCCCUUUAAUAAGAUUGCAAUGAUCUGUCAGAAGUACAAUCUGUGGUUCCAUAUCGAUGGGUCUUGGGGCGGCUCCUUCGUUUUCUCCAAAAGACAAAAACAGAAGCUGGCAGGUUCAGAAAAAGCAAAUAGUAUUGCGAUCAAUCCGCACAAGAUGCUCGGUGUGCCUGUGACCUGUUCGUACCUACUGGCCGCGGACAUGCGCCAGUUCCACCGCGCAAACACACUACCCGCUGGCUACCUUUUCCACAACGAGGAUACUGCACCGACUCAGAAUGGCGAUGCUCAUGAUUCAGAGCUCGAGGUCGAAUCACCCGAAGUAUGGGAUCUGGCAGAUUUGACUCUGCAGUGCGGCAGACGCGCGGACUCUCUUAAACUUUUCCUGGGGUGGACAUACUAUGGAUCCGAAGGCUAUGAACAGCAAAUUGACUCAGCGUGCGAUGUCGCGGUCCACUUGGCCACUUUGAUUUCUGAGAAUCCGAACUUCGUUCUUGUUAGUGAGAACCCGCCUCCCUGUUUGCAAGUAUGCUUCUAUUAUGCUCCAGGCAAGGAGGUCGUGUACCCGCGUGGAAUCGUGUCCAACGAGAUCCAGCGUGCCAAAAACAACAGCAAGGUCACGGAGCAGAUCACGCAUGCUAUUGUCCCUAAGGGCUUCAUGGUUGAUUUUGCACCCCCGAGUGGAGAUGAGGACGCGGCUGGAAAUGGCAAAUUCUUCCGCUGUGUUGUGAAUGUGCUGACGAGCAAGGAGACUGUUGAGUCCCUGGUGCAUGCUAUCGAAGAGGUUGGUCCUGCUAUUGUGGAGUCUUUGAAGGUGGCCACGCCAGUCGUUCCUAAGAAGCAGCCUGGUGAGCACGGACACGGUCCAGUUGUCCACCAUACCUGA